AUGCUACUCUACAAGGGUGCCACGAAAAGCGGAGUGCAUCUCGUCCACACAUCAGCCAUGGUGCCUGGAGAACACAAGAGGAUUGGAAAAUUACACCGAAGUCUGAGGGCGCCAGAGAUGAACGUCAAGAGGGCUUCUUGUGAAAAGAGCCUCAUUUCGGAUUUGUUACAUCACUCGACAGGGAGCUACCUGAUCAGCGAGGUUGCGCACGUUGCCCUCUUGGGGUUACUUGCCUUCUGUCCGAGAGUUGUGGCCUUCACAAGAGGAGAUCUCCCUUCCACAAAAAAAAAAAAGAAAAAGGCAUUUCAUCGUUCAACAGAAUCACCCGGCGCCAACCCGCGCCACUUCCAUGCGAAGAGUUCAGACUGGCGGAUACCGUAA